CCUUCAACCAAAUUCUACAAGAAAGAUUCGAACAAGCCUUGGCAUAAGAAAGUUUUACGACUCACUCUUCAUCAAUCACACUAAGCCGUCCGCUGUUCUUGCCCAAAAGUAACAAAAUGUCUCUGAUUCCAAGCUUCUUUGGCAACCGCCGGAGCAACGUCUUCGAUCCAUUCUCGCUGGAUGCUUGGGAUCCCUUUGAGGGCUUCCCUUUCUCCACAGCCGUCGCCAAUCUCCCACCCUCCGCUCGAGAAACCAGGGCCAUCGCCAACGCCCGCAUCGACUGGAAAGAGACGCCGGAAACCCAUGUGUUCAAGGUGGACGUUCCUGGGUUGAAGAAAGAGGAAGUUAAAGUGGAGGUUGAGGAUGGGAGAAUUCUGCAGAUAAGUGGGGAGAGAAGCAAAGAGCAGGAGGAGAAGAAUGAGAAAUGGCACCGGGUGGAGAGGAGCAGCGGGAAGUUCCUCCGCCGCUUCAGGCUGCCGGAGAAUGCCAAGUUGGAUCAGGUGAAGGCGGCAAUGGAGAAUGGGGUGCUGACAGUCACGGUGCCAAAGGAGGAGGUGAAGAAGCCAGAGGUGAAGGCCAUUGACAUUUCUGCUUAAUUCUGUACUGCAGUUGUGUGGAUUUUAAGCUUGAAGCCGUUGCUCUGAUUCACGUAUGCAAAUAGUUGUGAAAAUUGUGUAAUUGAGUUGUAAAAAUGUUGUAUUUGUGCAAUAAAAUUAUGGAUUUUGAGUUUUGAACAAAGAAA